UACUGCACUGGAGGCGGAAAUUUGGUCGUGGAGAAUCAUGGCAGGGACCGGGCAAAUUUCACAGUCCGUGGUACUGAAGCACCGGCGAACGGCGCUCGAACGGGUGGAAAAGUUUAUCUCCGAGGUCUACUUCGUGGAUUGUAAUCUCCGGGGCAGGCUGUUUGGCGAGACUCGCUCACUGGAAUCUCUCUCUCUCUUUGAAACCCCUGAACGGAUCCCUUACGAGGAAGCUAUCCGACAAGAAUUCCGGCCCAUUAAAGUUGGGGACCCUUUUGGAAACACAUGGAAGACUUGUUGGUUUAAAAUCGAUCUCCGCAUCCCCGCGGAGUGGGCAGGCAAAGAAGUGCACCUUUGGUGGGAAAGCGAAGGAGAAGGAAUGGUAUGGAAGGACGGCCAGCCGGUUCAGGGCUUGACUCGAGAAGGUGAGAAGCUCAGCUACAUCCUGACGGAGUAUCUUAAGGAGACCGACCCCCACAGUCUGACCCUGUACGUGGAGGUUGCCUGCAACGGCCUCUUUGGAGCUGGGAAGGGCAGCAUGAUCGCCCCACCGGAUCCAGGCAAGAGGUUCUCCUUGCAGAAAGCUGAGCUGGUGGUUUUCAACAGGGACGUCCAUGAGCUUCUGGUAGACUUUGAGAUCCUUCUGGAUAUGGCCAAGCUCCUCGGGGAGGAAAACCAGCGGAGCUUCCAGGCGCUGUACACGGCCAAUCAGAUGGUGAACCUGUGCGACGUCACUGAUCCAUCGACUUUCCCGUUGGCUCGGGAAGUGGCCCGUUCGGUCUUCGGCCAAAAGAACGGCGACAGCCAGCACGUCAUUCACGCGAUGGGCCACUGCCACAUCGAUUCCGCUUGGCUGUGGCCUUACGAGGAGACUAUCCGUAAAUGUGCACGCAGCUGGGUGACAGUCGUACGCCUGAUGGAGAAGAACCCGGAGUUCACCUUCGUCUGCUCGCAGGCCCAGCAGUUCGAAUGGGUGAAGAGGCAGUAUCCCGGUCUCUACACGAAGAUUCAAGACUUUGCUAAAGAAGGACGCUUCAUCCCUGUUGGGGGCACCUGGGUGGAAAUGGAUGGAAACCUCCCCAGCGGAGAGUCCAUGAUCCGGCAGUUCCUGCAAGGGCAGCGAUUCUUCCAACAGGAAUUCGGGAAGCUCUGCUCCGAGUUCUGGUUGCCAGACACCUUUGGCUACUCAGCCCAGUUUCCCCAGCUGAUGCGUGGAUGUGGGAUACACCGGUUCCUGACCCAGAAGCUCAGCUGGAACCUCGUGAACACUUUCCCGCACAACACCUUUCUCUGGGAAGGCAUCGAUGGGUCUCGAGUUCUGACUCACUUCCCGCCAGCGGAUUCUUAUGGGCUUUCCGGACGGGUGGAGGAGAUGUUAAAGACCCUGAAGAACAAUAAGGACAAGGGACGGGUGAACCACAGCGCUGCUCUGUUUGGGUUUGGAGACGGCGGAGGCGGCCCAACGCAGAAGAUGCUGGACCGCUUAAAGAGGAUGAAGGAUACGGACGGCUUGCCCAGGGUCCAGAUGUCCACUCCGGACCAGUUUUUCUCCAGCUUGGAAAAAGUAGAGUCCCAGCUGUGCACGUGGGUUGGAGAACUCUUUCUGGAGUUACAUAACGGCACGUACACCACCCACGGACAGAUUAAAAAGGGAAACCGGGAGUGCGAACGCCUGCUCCACGACGUUGAGGUGCUGAGCAGCUUUGCUUUGUCGAGGAAACCCUCUUUUCGGUACCGUUCCGAUGAGCUGCAGCGUCUCUGGAGGCUGUUGCUUUUGAAUCAGUUCCAUGACGUGCUGCCAGGCAGCUGCAUCCAGAUGGUUGCGGAGGAUGCCGUGGAGUUCUAUUCUGAAAUUCGAGAUGCUGGAGUUCGUCUUCUAACGGACGCGAUGCAGUCUUUGUUCGGGGAUCUGCCAGGGAACAGUCAAGGGACACAUGAAGGCGUCUUUGUCGUCAACACGUUGCCGUGGGAACGCACCGAAGUCAUCUCCAAAACUGGACCGGGUGGAUCUGAGACUUUAGCUUUGGCGACAGUUCCCAGCAUGGGUUAUUGCGCCCUUCAGGAUUCAUUAUCCCCACUGUCACAGCCUGUGACAGUAACCAAAAAGGCAGACGGUUCCUUUGUCAUGGAGAACGGCAUCUUUCGAGUCUGCCUGGAUACCAUGGGGCACGUGACCUCACUCUGGUUUAUUCGUUCUGAGAGAGAGGUGGUCCCUGAAGGUUGCUACGCCAACCAGUUUGCCAUCUUUGAUGAUGUUCCAUUGUACUGGGAUGCCUGGGACGUGAUGGAUUAUCACCUGGAGACCAGGAAGCCCAUCACAAAACUCCUGAAUCCCUCGGAAGUCGUCCUACCAGGGGGAUUACGGGGCAGUGUGAAAUUCUCCCUGCGGAUCAGCGAGAAGAGCACACUCACUCAAGAGGUCAUCCUGGAUGCGGCGUGCCCUUUCGUCCGUUUCCAGACUCAGGUUGAUUGGAACGAAGCUCACAAAUUCCUCAAGGUGGAAUUUCCCACCAAGGUCCGGAGCCCCAACGCGACGUACGAGAUCCAAUUCGGCCACCUGCAGAGACCGACGCACUGGAACACAUCGUGGGAUUGGGCCCGCUUUGAGGUGUGGAGCCACAAGUGGAUGGAUCUCUCGGAGCACGGGUUUGGGGUGGCGCUGCUGAACGACUGCAAAUACGGCUGCUCAGUCCGUGGCCACGUUAUGAGCCUUUCCUUGUUAAGAGCGCCAAAGUCACCUGAUGCCACCGCCGAUAUUGGAUGCCACUGGUUUACAUAUGCAGUGAUGCCUCAUAUGGGUUCCUUCCAGGAGGCCAGGGUGAUCCAACAGGCUUACAACCUGAACUUCCCCCUUCACCCGUUGCUCAGAGCCUCAGUGCAAAGUCCGACCUGGAGUGCGUUCUCUGUGGACUCUCCAGCUGUUAUUCUAGAAACUGUAAAGCAGGCUGAGGACAGGCCGGACGCACUGGUCCUCCGGCUGUACGAGUCUUACGGCAGCACCGUCGAGACAUGGCUCCGCACAUCGCUCCCAGUUCAAGAGGCAGCCCUGUGCGACCUCCUGGAACGGCCCCAUCCGAGGCGUCCUCUGCCGUUGGAGGAGUGUGGGCUGAGGCUUUCCUUCACGCUGUUCCAAGUCCAGUCUGUCCUGCUGAUCUUGAAGCAGCAAGGCAGCCCCUGAGGCGACGGCUGACACCCAUUCCCUCCUCUGUGUUGCUUUCUUUUGAGGGGGGGGAUAGUAGGGGACUUAAGGGACUGGGUGCAGAUUCGGAGAAACGGCUUUCACACUGAGGAAGGCAGGAAGCCAGUGAGUGUACCAUAGGAAUAGUAGUGGGGACCAAAACACUGCUGGGCGGAAGCGUUCACCUGGGCUUUGGUUCUCUCUGGCCGCUUUGCCCAAAGCAAGUGAGCCGCAUCAGUCCAUCCCUAAGGAAGAUUUCCCCUCCCUUGUGUGAUGCAGACCUCAGAAGCCAAAUAGCUUUGGCAGUGGCCAGCUUCACAGCAAGCACUGCCUUGAAUAGGAAAUAAAAGACUUUAAAAGAAAA